AAGGCGCAUGCGCGCGAUCGUCUCUUGUUUUUAACUGUGGCUCAUAGAUCUUUAUAUGGCAGUGGCUCCAUGGCUAUGUGAAAAAUACACCUCGGAUCGCAGCAAUGGAUGCCAAGGACGAACUUCUAGAAACAGCAGGGUUAUAAAAUCAUCACUAGACUUCAUCAAAACGCAGCUAUGCACGCUGGCGAUAUCGCUGACGCUGUUCAACUUCGUGCGUCUUCCCCGCGAAGCGUUCAAACAUGGGACUCUUCCGUACCUGGUGGCGUACUCGGCGUGGCUGGUGCUGGUCGCGCUGCCGGCCAGCCUACUACAGUUGGCCGUCGGCCAGCUCAGCCAACAGGACCCGGUCGGGGUGUGGAGGGCAGUUCCUAUAUUGAGAGGUGUGGGUCACCUGAAAGUGAUAACGUCAUACAUUUGCUGUGUGUACACCAUGAUGUACGUAGCUCUAUCAGCAGCAUACCUGAUCUGGAUAGGGAAAGGAUCUUUCCCUUUGAAGGAUUGUACAAAGCUGCAAAUAACGCCACACGGCUAUGAAAACAAAAUGAAUGCGUCCGAAUGUUUCAAUUCAACAUUUUUGGCGCCAUUUACAAUGUACCCGCAGUACUUCGGGAUAAUGGCCAUAAUUAUAUUUAUUUUAUGGUUCUUCGUGCCCAUUUUAUUAUAUCGUCUACGAAAAUCACUAAAAGUAACACUUAGUAUCCUCGGACCCAUCACACUGGUGAUUGCUAUAGUGCUUUGCACAUUUUUGUCCAACGGUAAUGUACUUUUUUCUAUGCUCGAAAAUUGCGAGCAAUGGAACGUGUUAGCUGAGCCUUUUAUUUGGCAAAGUGCGAUGGUACAAGCCUUAUUAUCGACGCAAGUUGCUGGAGGAUACUUAAUAAGCGCUGGUGGGACGGUGUACAGACAUUCUGAUGUCCGAUGGACGGCCAUUAUAAUAAUUAUAAUUAAUUUAAUAACAGGAUGGCUUUGGGUAUUUUUGUGGGAGUCAAUUGGUGGAGAAAGCACAAAAGAUACAAGCUUCGUAUCAAUUUUAGUAGUAAUAUAUCAGUCUUCAGCGACAGAAAACAGGAGUAAGGAGUGGCCGUUAUUGGCGUUUGGGAUUGUGGUAUUGUCUGGCAUAAUCACUGUGUUGCUGCUCCUCUUUACGGUAUUCAGCAAGCUCAGUCGCUCGUUCAACGACCACUGGCGACUAGUGGCAACUGCGUCGUCAGCUGUAGGCACCACGUUAACCAUCGGCGUUCUCCUGAAGGGUCUCAAAGUAGCCACGGUUUUAGACGAACUGGUAGUACCCGUACUUGCAGCGUUUACUACUGCCGUGGAAAUCGUUGGAUUUGUGUUUAUUUAUAGUUGGCAUUACCUAAGAUUAGAUAUAGAAUUCUUGACUGGCACGAAACUACCUUUGAUCUGGAUAGUGGCGUGGGCGUUGGCACCAAUCCUCCUUGUCGGCGUCUCCGGGUGGUGGCUGAAAGUCCUGCUGCAUACCACCUGGAACCAAAACAUGUCGCUGUGGCCAAUGAGCGGGGUUUUCGUUGGCAUACUGGUGGUUCUCGUCGUCAUGGCGGCGAUAGCUGUGGCUCAAGAGGAACAAUUUAACUUAGUUUCGAAAAUUGCAUCUUCCUUCAGAUCAUCUAGACUUUGGGGUCCAGAAGAACUCAUGGCUCGUUACGUGUGGAUGUCACAACGAAUCAACACCGAACAAGAUUCUGACACGACCUUCCCCCAAACCGUCCAAAAGACGAAUGCAAUAUUCACUGAAGAUUGGAUCACACCAAUACCUUCUUACCCAAUAGCUCCCAGUCUUACAAACGGAUAUUUAUGCAAAGAAGAAGCGCUUACCGAAGACAACGGAGUUAUUUAUGCUAAUCAUGCAAUGACAAAAUCCAAAAAGAAGAAAAAGGCAAAAGAAAAAUUCAGAUCUCCAAAUAUUUGUAUAGCUAAAACUGAACUAGGUGGUUCCCUAGCUUGCAAUUGCAAUAGACAUUUUACUCUUAACGUACCGGAUUUAAGAAAAACAGAAGUUACAACAUCUCUUUAGAAAAAUACGCCAAACUUUCAAGUUCAAAUCGUACAACGAAGGUCUUACCUAGUCGUUAUUUGUGGUUAUAUUUAUAAGAAUAAGUAUUUUAAACUCCUAGUAUUAAGUGGUCAAGCGUAAAUAAGAUAUAAAAUAUAAUAUUUAAUAAUUAAUGUAAUAUGGGUCAAAACAGUGACAUGAUAAACACAAGUAAAUUUAAUUAUAAACACUAAUCGUAGUUUUUACUAUAUUUUCCUAUGUAAAAUAUUCAUUUUAUUAUUCUUACAAAUGCACUGAGAGUAUAGACUAUAAACUAUUUAAAUUAUGUCUAGAUUUCCGGAGGCCUUUACCCAGCAUUGGGACACAAUAGGCCCAUAAUAAAUAAAUAAAUAAUCAAGAAUUUAUUUCUGUACCUUUUUAUGUAUGAAAUCAAAAGUUGCUUGCCUAGUUAUACUUUUCAUUAUUCGAUUAAAUAGAAAUACACAAGAUCUAAUUGAAGACUAAAGUGAUCAUAUGAAUAAAUAAAUAAUGUAAAACUAUUGUUGGGAAACCUUACACAGGUCAACCUAGCCCCAAAGUCCCCAAACUCACCAUAGCUUGUACGAAUACUAAAUAUGGGUUCUAGGCGACGAUAUAAAUUCAUGCUACAAGUAAUAUACAUAGAAAAUAUCCACGACUCAGGAGUUUU